CUUUCACACUCUCACUCUCAUGUAUCGUUCAAACAUGUCCACAUUUCUCACUCUCCUCCUCUUCUUCUCCGCCUCCUUCGUUUCUCCCUCCAACUCCGCCGCGGCCACCACCUCCUCUUCUCCUUCUCGCUAUUUCAAAGCCCUCCCUCACUCUCUCCAACCUAAGAAAUCCCAAGAGUACUUUGAAGUUACGAAUCCUCUACCGUCCGAUCAUCUCGUCCCGUCAUGCACCGUCCACGUCAUCCACCACGCCUUCGCCAACACAAUCAAUCAACCUCCCUUCUCGGUCCUCUACUCUCCGCCGCAAAACUGCCCCCCGCCCUGGUCCUACGUGGUUCUCGAAUUCAAAGCCAGGUGUAAGGGCGACCAGUACGACCGUAUCUCUGGCUUGUGGCUCGGCGGCGCUGAACUCCUUCGCACCAGCACGGCCGAACCGUCAGAAGCCGGAAUCUCCUGGAAGGUCCGAAAGGACAUCACCAAGUACUCGUCUUUACUCAAGAACAAAAACCUCAAUUUCACGGUGAUGCUGGAGAACAUCGUCAAUGGCAUCUACACCGGAAUUUACCACGUGAAGGUGAAUCUCCUCUUCUACAAAGAUAACGCCGUUACUGUUCCGUUUAACAGGAAAUUAGGUAUUGUUUCGGGGAUUAAAGCUAGAGAGCAUGCGGGUGCAUUGGAAUUGCAAGAAUCACAGGCGCCGGAUCUGGUAAUUCCGGUGUCGGACGAUGGACGCAGAGGUCACUGGUUUUGGAUUGAGAACGAAUCCGAUAGACAUUGCAAGAAGAUCGUAAUUCCUAGAAACAGUUACAAGGCCGUUUUGGAGCUGUACGCGUCGUUUCACAGCAACGACGAGUUCUGGUACUCGAAUCCUCCGAAUUCGUACAUCAGAGACAAUAAUCUGACUACCUCUCGUGGAAAUGGAGCGUACAGGGAGGUCUACGUGAAAAUCGACGGGGGAUUCGUCGGAUCAGUGUUUCCGUUUCCCGUCAUCUUCACCGGUGGUAUUAACCCAUUGUUUUGGGAGCCGGUGGUGGCGAUUGGGGCAUUCAAUUUGCCGUCUUAUGACCUCGAUCUGACGCCUUUUCUGGGGACGUUAUUGGGCAGGAAAGGUCACGAGAUCGAAAUUGGAGUAACUGACGCGAUUUCUUACUGGCUCGUCGAUGCGAAUCUUCAUGUCUGGCUAGACCAUUCCUCGCCGACAGCAAAGGUCGAAGCUAAAUCAGUUUUUCGCGGAGAGCCUUCUUUUCUGUCAAUUGAACGCGAGGAGGAGUUCCAGCAACUGGACGGAACGUUCAAAAUAAAGGCGAAGAGGACGACUGUCGUGGCCGGAUGGGUCAAGUCUAGCUCAGGCAAUCUAACCACCAUUGUCUCAUCCAUACUCAGCUUCAAAAACUCCAUAAAAUUCAAAAAUAACGGUACCCUGAAGAUGGUUAAGCAGAAAAUCAAGUCCCAUACAGAAACUCAAUUGAAGAACGAAAUGGGUAAGCGGAUUAAUCGUUCAAGUUUCAAGAGGAAAUACCCUCUCAAGGUGAUCACUGCUACUCUGCCUGGAUCGAGAAAGGAGACGUAUAUGCUUGUAACAAAUGUUUCUCACGCCAUGAACGAGAAGCACUUCAUUGGAGGCCUGUCGAGCACUGUAUAUAACAAUCAGGUUUCCAACGGAUGGAUGGAGGUGAAAGAUCACGACGUCCUCUCCGGUGAUGCAAGGACUAAUCAGAGCUUCAUGUACAGGGGCAAUGUGCUCGGAUGCUACUGGAGGAGUGUUGCAGCAGUUAAUGGAAAGCUUGUUUCGGACACUUCAGCCUAUGCUUGCCCAUCAAUUUUGUAAAUAAUUUUUGUUCUUUAUGAUCUCUUCAUUGCUCGACCUUGUGAUUCAAUCCCAACAAGGGUGUUGCCUUGAUUUGUAUAUGUUAAAUAAGUUCUUCCAAUUCCAAAAACAAAAAAGAAAAAAAAGAUGACCAAUGAAAACUUAUGUAACACAUGCACAUUUUCCAGAACUAGAUUUAUAAAUCCCCUUGUAACAUCUUUAUCCAUUUUUCAGUGGGAGAGGAAAAUGAAGAAGAAAACAAA